AUGAGUGCACAGCAGCCAACUUCGCCUGUGCACACGUCUGGCCAGCGCAAGCGUUCGAGAAUUGGAGAUGUAGGAAGCUCUUCAGGUGCGGCGGCAGAUGUAACACCUGCUCCAGCCAAAAAGCGGAAGAUUGGUACGCCAAGGUCGGCAACUACUGUACAAGAUCUGCUGGAAACGGACCCCAUUGAAGACGACAGCAAUUCUCCGCCCGCCAAAAAGACAAGACUGAAGCGAGUGAAGAAACCGCUGACACCGAUUGCCAAGUUCAAAGACGUUUACAAAAUUCCCACAGAUGAGGCGGAUGAUAUGAACGAGGACGGCGAGGCUCAGUUACCCCCUGUUGACGAUGCUCCCGUACCGUCUGGAGAGGAAAGGGAAGCGGAUGCACAAGAGAAUCCUUCUCACAAGAAGCGCAGCGCAAGCAAAUACAAGACGGUGAAUAACGGCGAGGUCUACGACUGGGCUGCUCCGGUGCGCAAACCUGGCAAGUCGCCAAAUAGGACAUCCAGCAACCAACUUGACGAUGAUGAAAUCAUGAGAGACCCUGUCUCGAGUGAUGAUGAGGUUCCUGCAGACCCUCCUUAUGAAGGCGAUAGGAGCGAAAAGAAGACACCCAAGAAGACACCCAAGAAAAGGAAGCGAAGAAAGACAGCAGAAGAGACGCCGGACACGGUCCAUGCAAGCGUGGGACGACUUCGCAGAAGCAAUGGCAACCUCAUCAAUUCACUGUCUUCGGCCGAACGCGCACUCAACACCUGCCGCGAUCUGGGCCAUCCUCCGGAUUUACGAACAACGGGUGACUUCACGAAUGACGAAGAAGAACUGAUUCGCAGAGCCAUCAGAGACUUCCAGCAACGAAAGGGGCUGGACACGUCAGAACUGGUUGAGAUUAUUCAAUGGAAUUAUCAGGAUCCCAGGUUGCAGGGCCAGCCUGGGCUUUUCCGAAGUAAGAGUGACUGGUCGCCUCAAGAUCUCGAGGACUCGCGGGAAAGUGAAGAGUUCUGGGACGAAAUUAGGAGCAUUGGGGUGAGACGCUCGCAUGACAGAAUGAGGAGACAUAUUCGUCACCUAUAUCACCAGUUCAAGAGCGGCGCAUGGACGGAAGAGGAGGACGAGCAACUCCGAAAUCUGCACGCGGUGUAUCCCAAUCAAUGGAAGCUCAUCUCGGUCAGCAUGGGGGAUCGUUCCAUGCCUGACUGUGUGAACCGAUGGCGCGACUAUCUGCAAUAUGGCGACAACCGAAAGACAUCUCGGUGGACUGAGGAGGAAGAACAGCUUCUUGUCCGCGCAGUGACGACGGUUGCACAGAGAGACGAGGACCACCGCGCCGAGUCGGGCCAACCGCCGCGGGACGAGUACACGAGUAAAGAUAUCAACUGGCCUCAGGUGGCUCGUGAGAUGGGCAACUCACGUAGUCGCAUUCAGGCUUCAGUCAAAUGGGCGCGAUUGCAGAAGCGCGAAAAUCCACCUGUGAUCCAGAUAGAACACAGGCCCAGAGCGUCAGGUGUACAGUCUAAACAGAGCGACGAAGCCACUGAUAAGAAAGCUGGGCGAGGUCGAAAG